AUGGCGACCACGUUUGACGAGAAGAUCCCCUUCGAGAAGAAGGGGCUACAGCUGUACGGCCUGUUCAAGCGGGGCGACCCCGAGCGCCGGCUGCCACUGAUUGUGCUGCUUCACGGCGCCGGAGCCACCGCCGCCUAUUUUGACAAUUCAGCUGUCUCAGUAGUGAAAAGCUUCAACAGUCUCGGCCAUGACGUGCUCAAUAUCUCGCGCCCCGGGUACGCGGGGUCGGUCGCCCCGACCACCGCAACGCCCAUGAAAGACUCGAUCGCCGUGUUCACCGAUUUCAUUGAACAGGUAUACAACGAAAAGGCCUCUGCGCGACAUGGAAAUGGCGGCAUCAUAUUAGUCGGCCACUCGCUCGGCGGAGCCUUUUCCCUGUCUAUUGCCUACGAAGCUCGCGAACGACUACCGCUGUUAGGUGUGAGCUCUUUAGGAUGCUUGCCCGUAGCAAGCUCGUCCUCAUUACUUCCCGAUCCGGAUCUGGAGCCUCAUAACCCACGAUUUGUCGUUCAGACGACCCCUGAGAACGUACGAAAGUAUAUGGGCGAGGUGGAAUGGGUGAAUCUGGACGCAUUGGAUCCGGCGCUCAUAGCAAGUGUCUUUGAGCCAAUACUCAAGUCGGAACUGAAAGAAUAUUCUUCAAACGAGUUUUACGAUUAUCUGGUUAACCGGGCCUUCGCCGGUGUCAAUAUUCCGAUUCAAUACCUGGCUGCUGAGGCGGAAAUUGCGUGGGACAAUGAGAAAGAAGGACGUCCCAUAUUCGACGAUUUAGUAUCGCGAUUCAAGGCUGCCCCCGAAGUUGAAUCAGCGAUCUUGCUUGGCGGCGGUCAUAAUUACGAAUAUUCGUAUAAUGUUGGCAUACUUUGGGAUAAGAGAAAGGCAUUUGUUGAGAAAUUGACAAGCAAGAAUGCCGCUUCGCCUAUCUCAAAAAAAGACACCAGCAAGGUUUUGGCCAACGGGGACGUAUUCACAUCAGUUCCACUGCUAGACUAUGCCGAAGCUACAUCACCAUCAACUAGAUCCAAGUUCUUGAAGGAGUUGAAAGACGCGAUCGUCAAUGUUGGCUUUUUCUAUCUGAAGAAUACGAGUGUGCCGGAUCAAGUGCAAACAGACUUUACACAGCAGUCAAUUGCGUUGUUUGAUCUGCCGUUGGAGAAAAAGCUGGAGAUCGAGAUGGUAAACAGCAAACACUUCCUUGGUUAUGCGCGUCUGGGGCAGGAGGUUACUGCAUUAAAGAAUGAUUUCCGUGAACAGUUCGAUUUUGCAACUGAACUUCCGGCACCUGGGCCUGACGAGCCACUUUAUCGAAACUUGCGAGGGCCUAAUCAGUGGCCUGACUCGCAAGUCCUGCCCAAGUUUCGCGCCACCAUCGAAACCUAUAUGGACCAUAUUGACAAGCUUGCCGAAACGUUCUCGUCACUUGUUGCCGAGGCGCUGGAUCUGCCCUCCACGGCAUUUGACCAAUUCUUUGAUAAGCCUCAGCAAAACAAACUCAAACUGAUUAAAUACCCCGAACCAGUAGACAGCAAACCCGAUGAGGACACACAAGGCGUAGGCCCACACAAAGAUUCUUGUUUCUUGACUUUCCUCCUGCAAGGAACUCCUCACACGGGCCUUGAAGUACAGAAUAAAGCUGGCGUCUGGUUACCAGUUAAACCCAUACCAGGGACCUUGGUGAUCAACAUCGGCCGCGCACUGGAAGCCAUCACCGGCGGCGUGUGUACAGCCACAACUCACCGUGUCAAUCUGCGGCCUGAAAACUAUAAAGAUUCCGAGGGGAAUUCUCUGGGUCCACGCUACUCGUUUGCCAUUUUCCAGGGCGUCAGCCUCGACGUAGCUGCUGAGAAAAUCAACCUCAACAUUCCGCAGCACAUCAAAGACCUGGUCAAGGACGACAAGGUUCGUUCCGAUGCGGAAGCCACGUUCAAUCAAAUGUUCAAUGGAAAUAUCGGCGAAGGAACACUCAUUGCGCGCGUCACUAGUCACCAAGAUGUCGCGCAGCGGUGGUAUCCGGACCUUCUGGCCCAGGCAUUAGAAGCGCAGAAGGGCAGAUAUCAAUAA